GAUUUAAUACACACGUGCCUUUAAUCUGUGAUAUAAGGUUUAUGAAUGGUGCUUAUCAAAAUUUAACCUCUUUAUUUUAUAAGAAUUGGUGUAAACAUCAUCUUUAGCAAAACUGUUGCGCUUUUGUAUUUUUGUUGACGUAUAAUUUUAUAAAUUUAUGACACGUAAUAUUUACAAUGAUGACACUAUUAUUUAAAUAUAUUUGUUGCCAUAAUUAUGGACCUUAGAGUAGUUAUUGAAAGUUCACUAGAAACUAAUCGGUAUUAUGAUAUAGAAACAUUUUAUUUAGUUUGAAACAACAAGUAAAAUUAACAUAACAUCUUAUGCUAGCUCCACACUCUCGCGAGGUCACCUCGUCGAGAGUCUUGUUGAGUUAAUGCGAGGCAAGGCAGCGCACGAAUGCAUAGUCUACACUCUCGUGUAGUCUCGUGACGCACUCAGUUGUUUAUAGCGGUUGUACAAAAUGGACGUGGUUGAAAUAACAGCUGUGGCUGCAUUGUGUGCAUACAGUUAUUAUAAUUUUCUAAAUUUAAGCUAUUCAAAAAAAACUAAACAACCCAAUAAGAGGAGAUGGUGGAUAACAACAAUACACAGAAACAGAACAAAGCAAAGCAUGGAAAAUGUAUUGGUAGAAUUGUUAUAUGAACCUUCAGGCGAGUUUGAAAAUUUUACUCGAAUGCUAUUCAGUUUGUGAUUAUCUCGGCAACCUGUCAUUCAAUAUUUCCUUACAAUGUCUAAAAAAAAAUUUUUGCAAUCAUUCUUUGAAUAUAGUUUUUGAUACAGGUUUCCCAACUCGAUACACAGGGUUGUUCUGUAAACUAAAAUAAACUGCAUCUACAGCACGUUUAUGUCUAGCCCACCUUGUCUCUGAAAGUUUUUUCAAUGUCAAAACAAUGCCUUCCACUUGUUUUUUUUGUUCUUCUUCAACAUGUGCAAUCUAGGAAAACUGCUAGUUAAAAAAAUAUACAAUGAUUCUAAAGUACCAAAGAAGGAAACUGCAUCGAUGGAAGAUUUAAUAGAAUCAAUUAAAACUAAAUUUAAAUUGUGAGCACAGCAAUGAAUGUACAAAGAAAGGGGUGAUAAUUCUUUGACUUUAAUUGUAGACCAGAAUAACGGCCAGACAUUGUACUAGCACCAUCAUACGAUUGACCUCUACACAUAGAAAAAUCUUAAUCAUAUUUUUUAAAACAUUUUUUAAGAACAUCAAAAAAGUUAUUUGCGGAAGCCACUGGUGUGCAUGACAUGUAUGUGGUCGUCGUGUGUAGCAAAAAGGAUUGCGCAGUCUAGCCUACAGACGGAUAUACUGUGUCGAAGGACCCUGUCUGUGAGCUCAUCAACACAUCUUCGAACUCCGCCAGGUCUAUAGGGCAUAAUAACACAACUCCGGUAACGAUCUCUUCCGUCCUUAGAAGUUGUACUAGUUGCAAGCAUGGAAUAUUUUUCCAGUUUCCUGCAGUUUGCCCAGCAAAAUAUCCAUGCUUUGCUGAAACGAAUUGUCCGUUUCUUCUAAUUCGAUACUGACCAGGGGCUGCGGCAAUGCUUUGAUUACAUUUGGUGUACUUACUAAGACUGUGUUACCAGUAAAAAUCAUAAAAUCAUUCCACAAUGAUUUCAAAGUAUUUCUGAUUAUCAUCUAAAAGAAAAAAAUUCAAUUAAGAUCAUAGUUUUAAAAAUGAUGACCACCAGCAGCGAUACAUUAAUGAAGAGAUUUCUGAAGUUUUCGGCCGCAUUUUGACACAUUUCGACUGGUAUAGCACCGAUUUCCUCACGAAUUCGCUCUUUGAUAUCUUCCAAAGUGCGAGGUCGAUUUUUAAAAAUCUUUUCCUUCAGAUAGCCUCACAAGAAAAAAUCACAAAUGCUAAAAUCCGGUGAGCGCGCAGGCCACCCCACAUCACUCUCAGAGAGACGAGGUGUAUUGAGAAGAUGAAGCUAUUGAAAAUUACUACUACGUAAUGAAUAAGAAGUGGUACCAUUGGAAUACCUGGUAUGCGUUAACUCCAAAGACAUACUAUCUCUAAUGUUUCGAUAAAUAUUGUGGCUGUUAUCAUUGAUCAAUGAAAAAUUCUCUGAUGUUGACCCGAUUCAACCCCGAGACCCGUUUCACUCCAUUUUACGGUAUUAAAAGUAGAUUUUUGUGGAAUAUUUGUAAGUAACUGCUGUUUCUUUUCAAUUUUAUUUUGCUCUCUUUUAAUGGCUUUUAAAUGUUUUUCGGUUUUUAAGUGUUGAGUAACGUUUAACUUUUUGUCACUAUUAACUUUACGUUCGCACAAUUUGCAAAAUAGAAUACUUGCAUCAAUCGAAAAAACUUCAUCGCCAAACUCGGACAAAAAAUACCUAAGUUUCGAAUAGUUCGAUAUUUUAUCUUUCGGCAUUUUACGUAAAAUAUCGAAACAGAAAAGCAAAUAAUACACUAUUGAGUAAUGAAUGAAUAUGAAACAAUCAAACGAUACGGAGAAAUGACUGACGCUAAAAUACGUACUAUAGUCGACAGUAUAUCAUAUCAUCAACAUUAUGGAACAAUAAUAAAAUAAAUUUAAACAAAACAGAUAGAAGGUAUAAAAUGUAUAAAUAUAUUUGACUACGCCCGGCUACUUAAAAAUAGAUUAUGACUCAUAAUCAAUAUUAGUAUCAAUUUUCAAUAUAAAACGAAAAUGUGGGAUUUUUUCUUAUAGAUUCACAUAAAUUAAUACUAUUUUUCAUUAAAUAUUAACGAGAUUUAUAAAAAAUGCAAAAUAAAGCGUUAAGUUACGUAUUUUAACAAAAAAUAGCACCAAAACUUCAAAAACAGUACUAAAAACCUAAAAUACUUCAAAUAUGCAAAAAAUAGCAAAAUAAAAUUUCGUAUUUGAAGUCUCUGGUGUAUAAAACAAAUUUAUAGCAAACUCUGCUAUUUUUAUCUGUAUACUAUAAUAAGUAGCAAAUUAUAUAAAAUCCGAACCCUGCUCAUUAGGGUGGUCUAAAAGUGACAAAAAAACAUUUUUUUUUUAAGUUAUACUCCUACACUUGAAAAUUGUUCUACCUGGUUUCAUAUACAAUUCUGAAAAAAAACAUUUAAAAUUGUAACUUCUUCGAUCACUUUAUUGCAUGCAUAUUAGGGUAACAAUUUAAAAAAAUUUCACUAUUUUUAAGGGACCACCCAUUUAAAUUAUGUGUAUUUACAAUAUAAAGGUCCAAAAAAAAUUCAGCAAUAUAACCCAACCGAUCAGUCGGUCCGCCUCAGCAUCAGUUGGCUGAUCGGUCACUCCGCCCAUACCGCCGCCACCACCUAUGGUCGGUUAGAAACACUACACUGUCGUCGUCGUCGUCGAAACCGAAGGUUUGAGCAAGCAUCCAGCAUGUAUUAAUGAACGAUUAUUGGCAGCGUAUGUAAAUAUUACUGUCAUCGGCAAAUAACUAGUUGUUGCACGUUAAUGAUUGCAUUUAAACGAUAUGUAAAUUCUAAGAAUUAUGAUUACUGCCAAGUAAUUUAAGUGCUCAGUUUGAGGAAAACAACUUUUUAAAUUACGCCGUGUAUUAGUAUAAAAGGUCAUUUUUGGUAUAAAAUUUUGCAUAAUGCAAUUAUACACUGCUGCACUUGGCACGUAUCGCGAUUAUAUUAAUAAACAAAAUACGGGUAAAAACGGCGGUUUGACGUGGAUAGGACACGAUUUCUCGGGACCCGGUAAUAAAGUCGCAAACGAAAAUAACAAAUUUAUUGCUGAAAGCCUGCCAACAAACGAGAUCGACUGGAUAGCUUUGGAACACGACGUACAAUAUCAUAACGCUGGGACCGGUAACAUCGAAGAAAUAGGAAAUUACGAUUUACGAGCGGCUGAAAGAGCAUUGAACGCCAAAAAUUCAAAUUUUGGUGGUAAAUACGCUACAUCCCUGGGAUUGUACGCAAAACAUUUUUUAGAACGUACUUGGCAAGGAAUAUCAGGAAGUUCAAAAGCUCUAUAUCCUAAUUCAAAAAAACCAGACAUUCCUAUAGACUGGUUCACGACCGCUAAAAACAGACGAAAAGAAUUAUUAUCAACAUAUCAUGUGGAAGAGAAUUCCUACGGAAGCGGAACAAUGUCAGGAACACAACAAACGACAGGUGGAGACAAACGAACUGAUGAACAAGCUGGUCUCGAUUCUGGAGGAACUUCAGCGAAAAAACCGAAUUAUGGAACGGCCGAAGCGCUCACUGCCGGCACGAGUAUUCCGGGCAUCGGUCUUAACGCUGACGCUGGUGACGCUACUGCUGUCAGUAUGUUACACAUGGUCAUCCCUAGACCCAUUGACAAUACAAAAAAUAAGUACUUGGUUUUUUCUAAAAAUCAUGAGUUUCUAUCGUAUGGAUUACAGUGGAAACCUAUUAAACAUACUGGAAACGCAUUUUGGGGCACAACAUCGUUAGCGGAAAUUCCCGUGGACCGGUGUCACUUGUACCUGACGGUGGACGAAAUUGACAUGUUACCGCCGGGCAGCUACAUCGACAAGGUUGUCUGCAAAGUCGUAUUGCGAGGCGUUCGUACGGCGUACGAAACUGCGACUACACAAUCGGAGUUGGCCACUCUCAAUCAGAAUAAAUGGGGAGUGUACGCUGUUGGACUGAAUAAAUCCGUUCCCGGCGUUACAAAAAAAUACACGACGGUGGCAAUACAUUCUAUGGAGCCCCAAGACGUCAAAGAUUCAGCACCCGAUACUUAUGUCAAACAACACGACGCCUGGUACUCUAGCACGUCGAAACCACAAGACACUCUACCCUGUAGUUUCAUGAAUUUACCGACCGUGCUACAAAACUACUAUACACUGUACACGGACACGGGUGCUCAAAGCGGAUACCAGUGGCCACGGUUCAACAGACACGUGACAAAAUUUGACGCCAACGCCGCGGUAGGCACUGUAAUCGUUAACUACGAAUACAGCCCUAAAAUAGGUCUACUAACUCGGCCUUUAAAUAGUUACGAAACUUUUUAUUGGCCUGACACUAGCAACGUAAAUUACUCUCAGUGUGAACAGGCCGAUUAUUUUUGUCCAAACGGAUCGGCGAUACAAAAAAUAAAAAGGGACAAACACAGUUCCACCUUCAUAGAGAGUAAACCCAUGGGUAUCACCUCCGUACAAAAAUUAAUGAAGAGCUGGACGUACGUGGAACAGAGUCGUCACGUGUCUCUGAUAGAUCUGUCGCACGUGCUAGUUAAAAAAAAUAAAAAUUACUCUCCGGCCGAAGCACAGCCUUCGUUGCACGUGGGCGUCUAUCCCGUGCCCAGAAUCACGGCGAAGGACAACAAUAUAGUGCCCACAAAAUUUUUGGACGUCGAAGCGUACUAUACGGUAGAGACCAGUUGCACCGUGAAAUUCGGUUAUCCUACUGUAAUGGCGCGGUUCAAAAAUUGUAACGUAAACGUUGAAAAGGAAAUGUUCACAAUGUCGGUGGAGAGCGGCGUGGCCGAAGCCGACGGCAAUUAUUCUACGUGUUAUGGAAAACAUUCGCUCAAACAGAUCGAUGCGGAAAACUAAUUGAGGCGGCCGUUCUUGAAACUGUAAGAGAGAAUCUGGCCGCCAAAAAAAAAAAAUGAUAAAAUGUCCACGUCCACGGCAAAAACACCAGACCAGCCUAUUAGUGUCCCCUCGCCUACAACUCCUAAACCGAUGACUUCGACUACAGCGUCGACUACAACACCGUCGCCCGCUGCCAAAAGCGCACAACACUCAGACGACUCGUCAUUGCCUCCCGUUCCUGAUUACAUGGCGAUGCGAGAACGAUACUAUUUUGAUGGUUACGGGGCUCUUAAAUUUGCGGGAAUACUGACGGAACCUCAGUGGAGGAGCAAGAGAUUGGAAAACGAUGACAGGAAAGCCACUCAGGACGAGGUCAACAAACUACUUUCCACGUACUCAACGAGCGUACAGACGGGCGACCAAUUGGCCGACAAAUAUAAUUUUGUAAAUAAAAAAGGAAUAUAUAAUCCAAUGUAUUAUUUAUUGAAAAAUAAAAAACCAUAAUUUUUUUUUAUUUU